AGUCACAAUUAUGCACUUUCUCCUAUUGACUAAAUCUAACCUGAUGUCCCUCUUGACCACUCCAUUGCCCAUUUAUUUGAUUCUUGGGCCUCAUUCUCUUUUGCAAGUGGAUCAAUUCAAACUUGAUGUAGUCCAAUAAUCCAGAUGAAUAAAUAACAAUAAUGAGAAAUAAGAGGAAUGAAAUCAAAAGAGAAUGAGAAAAAACAGAGGAUGAAAGAACAACCUUAUGUGGAAGGAGGUGCUGUUGAAUAAUACCAAUUUCAAGUGUUUGUAAGGUUGUCUUGACAAGGAAACAGUCAUAUUAAACAGUUUUGAUGAGUUAGAUACCAUAAUGCUGACUGACUAUAUAUAAUAGGAUAAGUAAUGUUCUGCAUCGUAUCAGCUUUUUUGUUUUAAGCUUUGUCUCAGCUGGGUGUGGUAUCAAAAUAUCUAAUUAGAUUCCUCCACAAUUUUAUUGGAGGGGUGUUAAAGUAGUUAAAGUAUCUAGGAGUCCUGCACCUUUUGCUUCAGACAUAUGCCAAAGACCACACCUCUUCACCCUGUUUAUCCAACUAGAAAUGUAUACCAGGUCAUUUGGGCUGACAUGAUUCUAGUCUAUCUACACCCUUGUGGGGUACUAGCUACAGCAGAUGCUGUGCCUUGACCACACUAGUCCUAUGGACUUCCUAGGCAAAGGCGGAAACACAAUCUUUUUUUUAACAAUGUUACUGAAGCAUGCUCAGAUUUGGGUGGCAGAAAGUUCCAUGGGAUCGAUGUUCUGUGACAAUCUUUGGUCAAUAAGAAAGUGAUUUUUUUAAUUGAUUGAGCAUAAGGCUUAUAAUUUUUUUUAUUUCACACAAUAUUGCUGUCUUCAGCCAUGGCAAUAGUGCACUAAGAUGUUUCUUCUGGUAAGUCAUCUAAACUUGCUUUUAUUCAAUUGUGUUGAUCCUAUGUAGGCUUUUUACUUCUCUAUUUGGUGUAAUUUAUUUUCUCUUUCAUUAUUAAUUUGUGGCUUAAAACACAUUGUAAACCCAAACACAUUGGAUCACCUUGGAAAAUAUGACAGUAAAUACAGAAAUUUCCCUUCUUUCCAUAACUUUAUGACAAUAGUAGCUGGCAAAAAUCCAGUACAAUAUCAACUAAGUGUACAGAGACUGUGAGGAAAUACAGCCUACAAAUUCCCAGAAGCCAUCUGACCAGCGAUGACUAAGCCUAACUUUGUUCCUCUUUCUGAAAAUAAGCAUUCAAACAAAAUAUUCACCCAUAUCACCCAGGCCUUAUCACCUCUCUUUUUGGGAAGAUACAUAACCAUGUUUAAGCUUGUUUUCUUCAUUCUGUUUAUUCCUGGAUUUAGUGGCUCUCAGGGAAGAGAAUUGAUUUGUAGAUCAUCAGAUAUAGAACUAUCAUACUCCAUUUGCGAUUCUAUGAAACACAAUUUCUUCUUUAACAUAACCCCUUGCUCCCUCAUUGGCAAACCACAUUGGGAAGGUUCUAUCUAUUGGAUUCCAAGGAGUGACAUCAUCUUUUUAAAGAUAAAUCUGAGUUUAUGGUAUCAUGAUGCAAAGGCAUUAGAGUGGAAACAAAUUAUUUGCACUGGAAUUGAUGAUGACUAUUCAUUUUGUGGCACUUUGAAAGGAGAAACGAUCAAUACAACAUUUAACAUUCGAGGUUUAACCAUGGAAUUGGAGAAGGGAGAAUAUACAAUUCUGCUAAGAGGAUUCCCUAAUUAUUUUGAGGAAAACUUGCUCUUGUGUUUGAAUUUAACCAUGCUACAUAAAUGAGAGGUUUAAGGUAUUUAUGAAUGUCAAAAUUAUUUCAGAUCACUUCAGGAUUGCAGAAGCAAGGAACUGGACAGAACAAGCAAGUCAGUAGGAUUCAACCAGUGAAAUAAUAGCACCAUUCAUUUUUCUUGGAUAGGAGUAUAAGAUAAAUUGUAUGCAGUGCUAUAUGGAACAUGGAUAGUUUCAUCUGUUUGUAUCAUUCCUGUAAUCAAAUGUUCGGUUAGUUUGGGCAAAAUCUCUGUGAAUAUUAGGUACGCUGAUGCACAGAAUGAAUCCUAAAUGGUUUUAUAGUAACAAAUGCAUUUCUGUGGUACCUCCUGUGUUAUGAAGAAUGAGUGUUUCAGGUUGUGAUAAGCUAUGACAGCAAUUUUUGACAGCACUUGGUAUGAAACAAAAUACUUUAUGGCUCCAGAAUCCUUGUUUUCCAUCUUCCCUAUUAGUUUUUCUGUUAAAUCAACUGAGAUAUAGUGUUUUUGUUCUCUUGAUUCCCUCACCCUAUUUAUAAUAAUUAAUCCUCAUCAGGUGCCCUUGUCUGCUCCAUCACACAUAAUAGUAAACUUGCCAAGCCAUGAGUUAUGGGUUCUUUAGUUAUAUGGCAUCAAUUGUUGGAGUUAGCAUCCAGUGGGAAGUUGUGCUCACAGCUAACAUGCUUUAGUAGAGCUGCAUUAUAUCAAUCCAGGAACAUGAGUACAGACCCACAAGGGGCUUCUGUAGGCUUGCUUAUGGUCCCAACUCCUGUGUGGGUUAUGGUGGCAAAGGUUAUCCAAACAAUCUUCCUGAGUAUCAGCUGAUCUGCCUUGAAUGUUUUGGUGGGCCACAGAUUUUUCAGAGUCUAUAAACAGAUGUCACAAAGUGAAGCAGAACUGUGCCAGGAUGUGUCUCGGCACAGCUGAUCCACUUUAUUGAGUGAGACAGAUGUCAUUCACGUGAUCCUGGAGGGUCAGGCCCCUGCCGCUCCCAGGAGUACCAGUGGCCUGAUCCUGCAAGACAACAUUAGGAGUGCAUCUCUGCAAAUGAGAGGACCUCAGGUUUCUCAGCUUGCAAUGGCAUGUCUCAAGUUGGAUUCCCUGGACUCACUUCUGUAAACGGGGAAACCCGGGCAGACACUCCAGGGGUUUCAGGAGCCUGAUUCUGUGCACCCUGGAAAUGCCCUUCCAGAGGGAGGCACCCAUAUAUGGUGGCACAAAGGUGACAUCUGUUGCAGUCUGCUUCCAAGUACUGUAGUUCCAAGCAGAGAGAGAGAGUGUGUGUGUAUGGUGAAGAGACUUAAUGUCAUCUUCACACUUUUUGUUUUGAUGCAAGUGGUUGGCCAGAAAUCUUUUUCUGUCUAGCCAGAGAGCAGUAGAAGAGGCAGGAGGGGGGAAGCCUUGAUUCAGUGAAUGCAGUAUGAAGCUAUGACCUUCUUCCUUUCUGAUUCAUCAGGGAAUAACUUUGGCAGCCCAAGUUCUCCUCUGUUGCUCUGAUGGAGGAAGGAGACCAUUAUCUGCAAGAGCAGUAACCAGCUGCAUUGGCAGGCAGACCUCCAGUCCCUGACCUAGAGUCCCUGUAGAAUGAGACAAGGUAAAAGUAGUUUAUCCUAUAGGCACCAGCAAUUUCAGUUCCUCUGUUCCCCCAGCUAUGAUUCCAGUAGGUUGCUGGUGCUUUGACUGUUAUUCCCUGCACCUUCUUCCCGGUAGUUACUGCCAGGACCUUUCAGUCCUUGGUAUGGAGCCACGAUGAAGUUAAGGUUUGGGCAGCAGCAUGCUAUUGUUUUCUCCUUCCAACUUGCUCUUGCAGGAACAGGGAGUAUCUUACAGCCGCCUCUUUGUCUGUAAUAUAAUGUAGACAUAACAGAGCUACUUUAAACUAGUUAACUUAGUAAUUGGUAGAAGUCCAGUCACAGCAGCAGGGAGCUCAGCACUGGCUAUGAAAUGCACCCAAAAAUCAUGGUAGAUACUUGGGCAGCUGGUGACUGUAAUGUAGGCCAAAUCCAGGGGUUUGUUUUUUCCCCACAUACUUCUCUCAACUGUUGCAAUUAUGACUACAGCAGAGGUGGCCAAACUGUGGCAUGGGUACCACAAGUGGCAUGUGGCAGAUCAGGGAGGGGCAGGUAGCACAGUGGCAGAUAGGGCAGAGAGCAGAACAUCAGAUUAGACAGGGAGCACAAGGCAGGAAGCAGAAAGCUGAGCAGCAGGUCAGGUAAAGGACAGGGAUUGGAGUUGUACUUGGGGAGGGUGCAAGGCUAAUUUGUAGCACACCAGCAUACCUGCCAAAAAGGUAGGUCCCCACUAUUCUAAAAAAAAUAUCUUGCUGCCUUUAUUUUUUACAAUAAUUUUGAUUUAAAUCUUUCAAUUUUACUUGGAAACUCCUAAGCUCCAUCAACUCUGAUAGAACUUUGCUGGAGCAAGGAUUAUAGGAUUUUGUUUACCGGGGACAUAGUUCACCUUUAGCUAACCCUAAAUUAAAAGCUGUUGUACAGUUUUUUUAUUACUUAAGGGAUGAUCAAGAAUACUGUCUCAAAGUACAUUAGGUGUUCAAGGUUCCUUUCUGCACAGCUGAACAUCAGGGUAGGCCUCUUUUGUACUAGAUUUUCAGUUGCGUUUUGUGAUGAUGAGUUAAUGUUUUAAUACCUACCACAUAGAACGAUAAAAAAUACAGCAGAAAAAUUCUGUUAUGUUCAGUAGCCACUAGGUUGUGCUGUAUCUCAAAGAUUACUUCAGAAGUGCCAUUCUUUCUAUUUCUUAUUGCUUCCUGACUGCCAAGCUUUCAGGAGAGACCUGCAGAAUUAAAUGUUUUACUUUCAUUUUCCAUGUAGAGGCCAAUUUUUCAGAUGGGGUGCCAACACAUGUAAGUUUUUAAUUUAAAGCACUCUGUUCAAAAGUCAGGGCCCAGGAAAUGUUAAGAAAUCUGGAACAAAAGUCACAAAUCGCUGAUGGACAGCAUAGCAAACAGAACGAGGAACUAAAGACAGCAAGCAACCAUAAUUACAUCAAAGCUGUAAUGACAGUAUUUGUGCUUCCAUUAAAUUCUACACAUUCUAACAAGUGUGCAAGCAGUUCCUGUUCUAAGUCUGAAUGGAGCUAUUGAAAAGUUAAUUUGAUCCCUUUGAUGUUAUACUGUCAACAAAAAAAGAAAGUUGCAAAACUUGAUUAUUAAUUUCCACCUUGCUACCUAUGUUUAUACUAAUUUUGAACAGGUCUCUGUGAACUUUUCUAGUUACUAUGUGAAAUCUCAUACCAAAGUCAAAAAAAUUUCUGUGACUGUUGUGACCAAACCUGUUUUGAGGAUUACUUUUAGUGUUACAAUGUAUUAAGAUUUCUAUCCCAAGAUAGUCUAACUUUUUUCCUGAAUCUUUUCAUAUCUAGAAAUAAUUACCUGCAGUGACUAUUUUCUGAUUAUUAAGUAGCAAAUGCCAAACAAAUGAAAUAAGCCGAGUGCAUGCAUGUACAUGUGCAUUGGAGAGAAUGAAAUAAAACAUUUACAAAUUAGAUUAAAAGCAUAUGCAAUUAAUAGCGUAUAGAUACUACAUACCUUUAAACUAUAGACAAGCGGUCUGUAGCUACAGCUUUGGUUAUACAUAAGCUAGCAGAGUCCUGGCAACAUACAGAAUACAGGAACCCCAACUUAAAAAUAAGACGUGGAGACCUUUUUAUAAACGUUCCAAGAUUCCUCCAGUACAUCAAAGAUUGCUAGAUAGUGUACUGGCUGUGUUUCAUUUUUGCCUUCAUCUGCAUAUUGGCUACAUGGAAAGCAUUAGUGGAAUCUAUGGGAUGCUGCAGUUAUCUAAGGAUAGAGUUUGGCCCCUGCAUUUUAUGCUAUUUUGAUGCACUCUUGUAGUAAUCACACCUUUGCUCCUUCUAGAGUUCUAGGAUAUAGAACUAUUGAUCUGAGUAAUAGGGUAUCUAAAACAUGUUGCUUGGGCAGAUGCAGACAGCAAGCCAAAAGAAAAGAGAACAACAAAAGGAGCACUCUCUAUUUUCAAGCUGGUGAGAGGUGGAGCAGGCAGUUGCUGCCUUGUCUGAUGACAGUAUGGUUGUGUCCACUGUAGAGCACAGCUGCCCUCCCUCACAGUUGAAGACUUUUGACAACAGCUUUCUGCCUGGCCUCUGAAUAGAUGGCAAGAGAUUCCUCCAAUCUGCAUGAACAAGACUAGCAAGAAUUUAUCUUAUAUAUUUAUCCACCUGGAAAAAAAGAAAGUUUUAUGGAAUUUAUUUUGUGGUUAAAAAUGUUUUCCAGCUUUAAAAAAAAAAUCAGACAUAUUUAUGUUAGUGUUAUAAAACUAGCACACAGUGCCCUAAGUGAAGUACAUGUCAUGUAUAACUUUGAAAUUGUCAUUCUUGCUUUCUGGGAUGCAGAUGUUAAAAUAUUUUCUU